GCAGUAGAACAUCUAAUGAGAAGAGUGGAAGCUCUAGAUUCUCGUGUGAAUGACAAUAUCGAUAAAACUGAUGCCGUGAUUACAAAACUUCGGACAUUGGACUUAAAAUUGUUUAAUUCCCAAUCGACGCUUUUGCCAACCGAACACAUUGUCUAUGCAGCCAGAACGUCAAACAAUAAAAAUGAUAAUGAAACCAGAGGCGUUCGCACGACACAAACGAUUCACCGAGAUCCAUCAUCAUCGUCCGAAGCUUUAGGCGAGAAACUACUGUCACUCGAUCAAAAGGUUUCCGAUAUCGAUAGCAAACUCAUCGAUUUAAAAAAUCAACUGGAUAAUAACCUUUUACAAAACGACGACAUAAAUGCUGAAGCAAGCGAAAAGAAACCAGUUAGCAUGAGUAUAAUUGAAAUCACGAAAGCGAUGAGCAAUGAAGUGAUAAAUCACAUAACGAUCGAGAUAGAGAAUCUAAGGCAGACCACCGGUAAUAUGGAUAGGAAGUUACAGUUCCACAUGAAUUUGGUCUCUGAUCACUUGGAAGGCGUUUACAACAUGAUGACGGAUGUGCACGAUGCGAUAAUUUUGAGGGGAAAUACAAAUGACCAGCGGAUGUUCAACAUUACGACGACAACAACGGAAACACCACCACCGAAGCAAAGUAAGAUCGAUCGACUCGUCGAACAGAUGUAUCCUAUGUUGACCGUUUCCGAAAAGAUGGACGAAGUUUGGAACGUCGUGGUUGGCACCAAAAGCUCUGUUGACGAUCUUCUGCCAAAGUCGGAAGAGUUACUUACGCAUACGCAAAGACAGGAGAGAGCAAUAAAUGAAAUUCAUGCAGAUUUAAGGUCAAAAACGAACAAGAUUAUCGAAAACUUGGAAGGUGUUGAGAAUAGAUUGAGGAAACAGGAGGACGACGUUGCUACACUUGCUCAACGUCCAAUACCGGCUGAACUGUUACUCGAUCCCACUAUUGAUCGUCUCGUCGAAUACGAUUCGAGUAGAUACGUUGGAUUGUCCGAAGAUGUUACAACGGAGACAACCGUUUCAUCGGUAACGCCAACUACCGUCGUUUCAUCGGUGUCUAUGUCGAUGUCCUCAUCGACUUCGUCUAAUCUGAUACCGACCAACAAUCUCGGCAACUCUACCAGUAAUAUCAAUGGUUCCAACAACAUCUACAAUUCGACCACGGCAUCUGGCAGCAUAUCGAUACCUUCGAGUUCACAAAGGUCUUCGACCAAAAGUCGUGGCGUUAUAUUUCCAAGUGUCAAAAAUAAACCAAGCCCAGCGAAUUCGACCUUUACCACGGAUGCAUUUCUUAGUUACAAGGACGUCAAGGGUUACUCGUGUGUUGAUUUGUUAAACGCUGGCAUGAGAGACAGCGGGGUUUAUUACCUUCAAAUACGCGGUACAACUUACUGGUUCCUCAAAGUUUAUUGCGAACAAGACAUCGCCGAUGGAGGUUGGACGGUUAUUCAGAGAAGAGACGAUUUUGGAGAGCCGAGAGAAAACUUCAACCGAGAUUGGGCUGACUACAAGAACGGGUUCGGCGAUCCAGCCAGAGAAUUUUGGCUUGGGAAUGAGAAUAUAUACAUGUUGACGAACAACGAAGAUUACACGCUCAGAGUGGAACUCGAAGAUUUUGAGGGGAACAAAAGGUACGCGCAGUAUUCGCAUUUUAAAAUCUACUCAGAAGCAGAGUAUUAUAAGUUAGAGAUCGAUGGCUACGAUGGAAAUGCAGGCGAUUCUUUAAAUGAUCCUUGGUACGGUUCGAACAAUAGCCCGUUCUCGACGUACAAUAGAGACAACGAUAGGUCAUCUUUGAACUGCGCUUCCAUGCUAAAGGGUGGUUGGUGGUGGAAAUCCUGCGGGCGCGGAUUAAAUGGCCUUUAUAUAAACGAUCCUCAAGACGUGACCGCCCGACAAGGUAUCGUGUGGUUUCGUUGGAGAGGUUGGGAUUACACGUUAAAACGAGCCACGAUGAUGAUCAAACCAAAAGGACCGUCGGCAGCGGCUUAG